CAUGUGUACGGUGUUCAAAACAUUCCCCUGAUAUUGAAUGUAUCAUUGAGAAAUUUGUUAAGUUUGACGAUUGAUCUGUGAUUUAAGAGUGAAUGAUUGUACACAAGCAUCACGAUCAUCAAUAAACUUAACGUUAUUGCUGCAUUUUUUCACUUGAAUCCAGGGAUUGCUGCACAGCUCCAGAGGAUUGCUCCAUCAUUAAACACCACAGAUGAUGUGCAUAUAUGUGGAGGCUGCAAGCAGAGUUUUCCAGACAUAAAUUUAUUUGUUGAACACAAGCAUGCAGGAUGUGCAGUGUCGUCUCAGAACCCUUUAUCUGUUAUGGGCAUAUCACUUGAUCAAUCAGCUCUGAAUUAUAUCUCCAGCAGUCGAGACAGCAGUGUGUCUAACCCUGCAUCACAGUAUUUCAGAGUUAUUCUCAAUGGCAAUAACGUACCAUUGCAUCUGCAGAGUGGUCCCUGUGAACAAGAGUCUCUCCAGCCAUUGCUUGUCACUCCAUACAAAAAAUCAUCAGCAGCUACAUCAGAUCAGCAUGAUUUUAGUGUGGAAUCAUGUAGUACUCAGAACUCUGUCAUACAGCCACCAAAGAAAGUACAGAAGUCUAAGCAAGUUGACAGAACAGUACAUACAAAGUCAUUAUCUACUGAUGAAACUGUUCCUGUAAAUUCUGCAGAUGGAAGUGUUCCUAUAAAUGGUACAGAUAUUUCUUGUCAUGAACAGGGCACACUGCUGAACCUUGGCAUUGAGGAAAACGAUUUCAGUGUGCAAGAAAAAGUAACAACAGAACUGGAAAGUAUUGAAAUACCACAAAAUAGCUGUGAGAUCAUAAUACCAUCGGAUCCAUUAGACAACAUCAGUGAUGAAAGUUCCAAAAGUUAUAAAAAUAAUCCUGUUAGUAGAACAAGUAAACUGUUAUGUCAGUCAGGCACCAUUUGUACAAAACCAAAUGACUGUCAAGAAUUAGAGCGAGAAGGGACCAUAAUUAUUCAUAAUGACUCAGAUGUGGUUUUGGUAGAGGACUACCAGACAUUAAGUGAGAAUAACAUAAACAGUGCUCCUGAUCCAUCCUCAGUGUAUUCAGAUCGUACAAAAAAGAAACAUGCAUGUCCUGUUGUUAACUGUAAAUUUACAACACCAUAUCCAAAGGACCUGGUGAGGCACAUGCGGAAACAUACAGGUGAAAGGCCAUUUCAGUGUGAAUCUUGUAAAAGAACAUACAGCCGAAUUGAUAAGCUGCGAGCACAUCAGCACAUUCAUUUUGGGGAAAAAUGUCAUAAAUGUCAAGUGUGUGACUAUGCUACUGUGGAUAAAGGCAGUCUGAAAAAGCACAUGAGGAUUCAUAAUGAUGAAAGACCCUACAAAUGCCAGAUCUGCCCCUAUCGCUCAAAGCGUUCAUGUCACCUAACUGUUCACUUAAGAACUCAUACAGGUGAUCAUCCAUUUGUCUGUGUAUAUGAGUCCUGCAUGUCUGCCUUCAAGACAAGUUCUGACCUGAAGAGACAUAUACGUAUGCAUACUGGUGAGAGACCAUAUGCUUGUGAUAUCUGUGACUAUCGAUGUUCAAUUAAAUCUAAUCUCGGUGUUCAUAUUCGCAUAAAUCAUUCAACAGAAAACUUAAUCCCGUGCACAGUUUGCAACCAUGUGUCUGUGUCUGAAGCAGCAGCUAGAGAACAUGAGAAAAUUCAUUCAGGAGAUUCUCAGCUGGCAACCUCAACAACUCAACCCCAGAAAAAAGAUAUUACUACGAGGAAGAACUUAGGAGGUAGCACAAGAAGCCACAUAAGGAAAAAGAAUUCUAACUCAAAGUCUCAUAAGAAACUCAAAGGAAAGGAUACUUGUAAGAUGACAGGCUCAGAACGCACAAAAUGUUCAACUGCAGUGAAACCGUAUUGUGUUAAAGCUCACAAGUGUACGUUAUGUGAUGCAGCAUUUGUGCGUGAGGAUUCAUGGAGGAGUCAUAUGCGUCAGCACCAAAAUCAAGGAGCGUAUCUGGGAAUAGUUAACGACAGUGAAACCCUAGCAUCUGUACAUUCCAUUGCUGCAAACAGUGAAAAGGCCCUUCCGCUAGAAAAUGAGCUUGAGGCUUCCAGAAGUUCAACAGUUGAAUCUAAACAGACUGUAGUAGCUGUAUCUGUUAUUGAGAGUAAUGUAGAAGAAAGGGAGGUGAGCUUGACAACAAAUGGCUCAAUAACAGAUAAUGGAGUAUUAACAGAAAGUAAUGUUCUUGCAACAAAUGAAUCUACUGGUACAAAUUUGCAGGCUACAAGGGAUGGCUGUAACUUGUCUUUCACAUCGGAUUUGCGAGAUAAGGCUACAAAGAAUCAACACGUUGAAGUUGAUGUGAGUAGUGUACUAGGAAAUGAUGCUCUCCAAACUCAGCCUGUAUUUCUAUAUGUUCAAAAUGAAGCUCUUGUUGAAGAAAGUACUGUUGUUGAGGGUUUUCAUAAUACUCAGUUCUUUUGACUGAAAGAUGUGGAUAGUAUAUUUCUGUUUUAUCAUACCAAAGUUAUUUGGUGCAUCAAAUUAUGAGCAUCCCUCUCAUGUGAUAUUUAAUAUGUUUGUAAGUGUAAUUGAUAUUCUUACAUAUGAACAUGACACAUCCGUUAAGACUGGUGGGAACAAUCGAAGAAAAUAAGUAAUUUAUUGUGUACAGAGGGUUAAAAAUUUUGGAAAACUAAUUACAAAGAAAAGGACAACAAUUAAUCAUCUGUUGUACAAAACAAUGUGAUUAUGUUUUGUGACUGUCAUUCUUAUUUUUCAUCAUUCCAUGAGUAAAAGUUCAUUUGUUUUGCUGUUGUAAUAGCUGUUUCAUUACAGUGUAUCUCAGAAAUUACUGUAUGUGUGUUAUCUGUUCAAAGGAUGCUUCAUUGUAUGUAAAGGCAUUCAAACUGGUAUUUUCAUUUGAUAUUAGGAGCCAAUAUUUACAGAUAUGCUUUUACACUUACUCCAUGUUGUGAUAAUUUUAUAUUCACUGUUACUUCUUAAGAAUACUUCAGUAUCAUAUAAUAAUGCUAAUGAACAUUUUGGUAGGGGAAUUCUGUGUUUUUCUUAUUGACAAAUUCAUGUUGGCAUGUCUCAGUCAUGUUAAUGUUGUCCUUGAGUAAGACAGACUGUGUGUAUAUCUCAUAUUUUCUUUGGCUUUUGCAAUCAUUUAUAUGUGAAAUUGCAUAAGCCUCUUUUUUAGCAAACAAUACUGAGUAAAUUUUAUCCUGCAACCAGUAGUACCUUCAACUUUUUUCCCCCUAACUCAAAUAGCUGGAAUAUUGAUAUAAAAAUAGCUGAGAUGACUUAAUUCAUCCCAGUCUAAAACAUUGUGGGAGUAGUUUUAUCAUAAUGCAAUUCUUCUUAAGUAUUUAUACAAGAACUGACUAUUUUUAUUAAAAGCUGUGUGUAACAAUUCCAUUUAAUGAGUGGAAGGGAAUAUUAAAGGCUCAGUGAAUUCCUUACAACUGUAAUGCUCACUUCAUGAGUUACAAUGUUAAUGUGAAGGAAAGUAGAAUUGAAAUUUUGCAUCACAUAUUAUUUUUAUGCCGAAAUUAUUUAAGUAUGGUACGAGGAUGAACAAAAAUAUACACUAGUAAACCAAAAUUCAUUGAAAACUUUAAAUAUGUAUUACAAAGAAAGAUGAUGUGUAGAAGGGCAAAAUUCUGACUUUUGACUCAAUGAAUAUAUUAAGUUAUUGAGGCCUUCAGCAAAAAUAAAUGUAAAUGAAUGGGAUAUCUCUAGAAGCCUCAGCCAGAUUUGCUAGUGAUAUUUAUAUUUUUUCCACAUAACUGUUAGAAACUGAAAGAAAUUAAAUAAAAAUACACACUGGAUAUUUGUCAGUGUAAGCAUUUAUUUAAUAAUAGCACAUG